CAAAGCAGGAAAGCAGUCUUAAAGAACGGAGCACAAAACAUACAGGCGUGAAAUGGAGAGCAACAAAAAGUGCAACGACUCGGAAGGCACCGAUCAAGGCAAGAAUUGUAAAAUGUCUCCAAUUACUCUCAAUGUUGGUGGAUAUCUGUACGUUACGCAAAAGCAAACACUAACCAAGUAUCCAGACUCUUUUUUGGAAAGAGUUGUCAAUGGAAAGGUUCUCUGUCCGUCUGAUGCAGAUGGCCAUUAUUUUAUAGACAGGGAUGGGCUGCUCUUUAGGCACGUUCUGAACUUCCUACGGAAUGGAGAAUUGCUUCUACCAGAGGGAUUUAAAGAAAACCAUCUUCUGGCACGAGAGGCAGAUUUUUUCCAGCUUAAAGUGUUAGCUGAUGCAGUGAAAUUAAGGUGGGAAAAGGAGCAGCUUGCAGCCAGAGAGACUACCUUUCUGGAGAUAACAGACAGCCACGACCGAUCGCAGGGCCUUCGGAUUUUUUGCAAUGCUCCUGAUUUCAUAACAAAAAUAAAAUCACGCAUUGUUUUGGUAUCCAAAAGCAGGCUGGAUGGCUUUCCAGAAGAGUUUUCAAUCUCUUCCAACAUUAUUCAGUUCAAAUACUUCAUAAAGUCAGAAAAUGGAACUCGGCUUGUUUUGAAGGAAGACAAUACUUUCGUAUGCACCUUGGAAACACUUAAGUUUGAAGCUAUAAUGAUGGCACUGAAAUGUGGAUUUAGGUUGCUGACCAGCCUGGACUGUUCCAAAGGGUCAAUUGUUCACAGUGAUGCACUUCAUUUUAUCAAGUAAUUACUUCUUCUCUCAAUAGACAA